GAAGCGGGGAGGGGAGCAGCGUUGCUCCAGUACUGCGGUUGAGCGUGACAGCGUCUCGCAUUCAUUACGCACCAUCAAUGGAAUACACCGUUUCUUUCCAAGUUCAACAACAGCUAACCGUGUUCCCCGCGUCGCUGGGAGAAUCACAGAUGAAGGCCGGAGCGUUGCCACGGCAGCAGCAGCAGCAGCAGGGCCUGUUCACAGACAGCUACUGCAGCGUCUGCAGCGCCCAGCUCAUCUCACAGUCCCAGAGGCUCGCCCACUACCAGAGCCGGAAACACGCUAACAAAGUGAGGCUGUACUACAUGCUACACCCCCAAGACGGAGGCUGUCCUGCCAAGAAACUGCGCACGGAUAGCGCCAGUGAAGACGCUGAUGUGGACAGGAAUAAGUGCUGUACUCUCUGCAACAUGUCCUUCACCUCCGCUGUGGUGGCUGAGUCUCACUACCAGGGCAAGAUCCACGCCAAGAGACUGAGGCUGCUGCUGGGGGACGCGGCUGUCCCCAACACUGGCACAGAAACGCCGUCCAGUCCCGCCUCCCCGCCGCCCGACGUGACCGCGGCGACCUCGCCGUGGCGACGGGAGGACUCGGACCGCUUCUGCCAGCUGUGCAGCGCCUGGUUCAACAACGCCGGCAUGGCCCGGCAGCACUACGACGGCAAGAAGCACAGGAGGAACGCCGGGCGGGCCGACCUGCUGGAGCACCUGGGCCGGACGCUGGGCAUCGGCAAGACAAAGGGUCUGAAGCGCAGCCACACGUGUGAGGUGUGCAGCGUGACGCUGAACUCGGUGGCGCAGUACCACGCCCACCUGCAGGGCUCCAAACACCAGAACAACCUGAAGAACCAGCUAUGAACACGGCAAACUCUGACAGGAUGCUCGCCCGGUCAACUGAUGUCACAGGAGCUGCUGUCCUUUUGUCCCUCUUCCUUGUCUGUCUGUCUAUCCCCUAUCUCUCGCUCUCUCUCUCUCUCUUUCUCUGUCUCUCUCUCUCUGUUUCUAGCCUCGAUCAAAUGUGCACCUUUAACCCAUAAAGUUCCGGCAAUUUUCCCUGUCGGCGUCACGUGGGAACAGGGGCAGGAAUCGAUUUUCCAUGUUAGAUGUUCCUCCAGUUUUCCGGGCCAGGACCUAGCCUGAUUUACAGAAAUAUUUCUGUCACGGCACUAGCAGCAACAUUCCCGGGUUGAGCACACAGAGGUCACAGCGAUUUUUUAUAUAUGGCGCAAUUUCUUUAAUAAAUACUCUACUGAAUCUGCCCAUUAAUUGUCAUCAUUGCCUCAUGAAUUGCUUUUGUGCUGUGCAGUGCUUGUUGGUAAACAUCUGUGUCAAGCACUUCCAGCCUUAAGUUGCCUUUUUACCCAGUGUAGCAAGCUGGCUAGUGCUACAACUACAUUGAGCCACAUAUCAAUCCAUUUGGAUAACAGAAUAAUUUUUAUUGUAUUUUACUAAAAAACAACACCGCAUGUAAGUAGGUUAUUGAUUUUUAGCUGAAAAACCAUGUUUCCAUUGUUAAUCUAAAAUUAGCUAUUUGGGAUCAUUUGAGCUCUAUUGGCAAAACAUGUUACUGUAAGAUUAUCUCAAACUAUCACUCUUCAACUAUGUUGUGUUGGUAGGAUUUGUAGUACAUCUCUACCAAAAACUAUUAUCGCUAUCAGUGAAAUAUCCGGCUGUUUUAAAGACAAACGAACAUAACGUUAGCAUUAGUCCUGCAUUCCUUUAGAGGGUACACAUCCUUGCCUGAUCUAACCGGAGCAGUCGUAUCAUGUGUGAGACAGACUGAACACAGAAUUUUCCUGUAUAGGAAACCUAUGUGUAUCAACAGGAAAAACCACUAUCUAUCCCAAGUAAUGGGACCCAGCAAUGUUGUGGGUUCCAUGUGUGAGAGGAGCUUCUGGUUCUAUUAUUCUCUUACUGAGUCUCUUUCCUCUAUUUCCAGUCCUUUCUCCUAAUCUUUCUCUAUCUGUAUCUCUGCCUCUCUGUCCCUCCUUCCUCUCUCAGUAGUUUUGUCUUCUCUUUCAGUUGUUUCUGCUGCAGUGUAUAUUUUAUCUUUUUUUAAAAUUCCACACAGCCACUAAAUACAGUGAUCUGAGUUUCGAGCAGAAAUAAAGAGAUUAGAGAGAUUACAGAGAAGGACGGGGAUUUUAUGAGGCUCUGUCAGUUCUUAAAAUAAUUCCCAAAAAAUAUGUAAUUUAAAGAGGCUUAGUAGGUUUUAAGCGGUCCAAUUUUGAGCGUAUGUUCUGAAAUUCCACUUGGACGUAAAUUACGAGCAUGCGCACAUUCUAAAAUGAGCUUAAAUAAUAUCAACCACCUCCAACAGAUUGGCAAAUGUGAUAGCCUCCUUUUAUAAUUAAAUUGGCUCCAGAAACAUUGGAACAAAAAAGGGUCAUUCCUAUAGGCCACAGACUAUUAACCAAGUUUGAGGCCAGAAAAUAUUCUGAGAUAUUUUUACAUUACGCCUAUGAAUCACAAUCUGUAGAUACUUUUAAACGAUCAAAUAAAAAUCUGUACUCUUAUGUCACAACCAUUAUGAGCACGUCCUAAAAGGAGCGGACGUACACACUGGUUGUGCCAAACGGUUAGCCUGGAAAUAAGUCACAGUCGCUUCAAAUAGGUCUACCUCAGAGUAGAAUUCAUGGAGGAGUCCAGAAGAGGCUGUCCCAUCUGUAGACAUGCAAAACAAAUAUCACUGUACAUAAAAAACACAGAUGCUGCAGCCGCAUGAUUCCCAUCCUGUAAUAACGGUUUUAUGCGUUUUCACUGUUUAUGGUGAGUUUUAUAUUUGCUCCAAUUUCAGAUCUGAUUAAGCGAGUUGCUUCAUUCUCAGCAGGGAGGGGCCUGCUCAAUGUGUUGCAUUUCAAACUGUGUUUUGCUAUCUGAAUUUUUGCAGGCUGUUCUGGAUUUCGAGAUGUAUAUACAAAAGUAUUAGGACGGUGAUGCUAUUUUUUUAUUUUAUUUUAUGUAAUUUUGUUGAUUUCACUUCCAAAUGACAUGUCAGUGACACUACCGUCAUUUCCGGUAAUAUAAAGUUAUUUUAGGUGAACAAUGAUUUUCUGUGCCUUGUUUACAAUUUCAUUGUGUUAACGAAGAUGGCAGUGGCAGGAUGAGGACCUGUUCAUUAUUAGAUUCUCAUUCCCAUAAUUAUUCCUGUUUGGGCUCUCUCUCUCUUUCUCUCUCUCUCUCUCUCCCUCGCUCCCUCCUUCCCUCUUUGAUCUAUGUUGUCCUGUGCUUUGUGUCUCAGGGAGGUCUUUGUUCAGACCGCUGCGUGACCUAACAAUAUUGCUUUCUCAUUUGCAUAGAAAUAAUGUGAGAGAGUUAUUAUCCAACAGUUAUAUAGCCUGUGGUCUGCUAGUGUGUUAAAAAAUAUAUAUUUUGUUUACUGUGCAGUGACAUCAUUUAAUAAAUGUCGCAUUUGUUUGUUUGUUUCUUCCUUUCUUUGAGUGGACAGUUUUACCUAAACAAUUUAUACAGUAAGUCCAUGCUACACAAAUGUACAAUCAACAUAUGUGAUCGAUAUUGCAAAAAAAAAACUGUGUCAUUGUUCUUUACUCUGGUUGAUAUCAUUUUGUCAAAUAAAUGAUUUUGCUUAAAAUGUC